CACGACACUCAAUAGAGCGCCGCACUCGCUGGCCGGUGGCAGUAUGUGAGUGACAAUACUAAAUAUCUCCGAUGUAGCGUCGAAUGUAUAACGCACUUCAGACAUUGUCGUCGUCGCACAAUACACAAAUGGAGCCGGAGCUAGUGACUACGCUGCGCAUGAGGCGCGGGGAGGCGGCCUGCGCGGACGUGUGCCGCGAGCGGCUGGCGCUGGGCUGCGGCGACGGCUCGGUGCUGCUGCUGCGCUGGCAGGCCGGGCUGGGCUGGGUGGAGGCAGCGGAGCGGCGGUGCGCGCACCGCUACGGCGCGGCGGCCGCAGCGUUCUCGCCCGCCGGUCUGCUGCUGGCCACGGCGGGCGGCGACGGAGCGGCGCGCGUGUGGGCCGCCGCCGACCUCGCCGCGCGCCGCGAAUUGGCCGCACCGCAGGCGACAGCGGUGCGCGCGCUCGCGUGGGCGCCGGGUGCGCGGCUGGUGGCGGCGCACGAAGACGGCGGCGUGCGCGUGUGGCGCGCGCGCGCCGGCGCGCUGCUGGCCGUGCUGCGCGCGCACUACGACGCCGUGCGCGGCCUGGCGCUGCUCGCCCGCGGCGCCUUCCUGCUCACCGCGGCCGCCGAUGGCGUCGUUAAAGUGUAUAACUUUGACGAUGUAUGUCGUGCCGGGCCGGAGGGCGACUCGGAGCCGGCGCCGCUGCUGUGGGAGAAGAGCGCCCACGAUCUCGGAGCGCUGUGUGCGGACGGCGCGGGAGCGGUGGCGGCCACCGGCGGGUACGACGGCCGGGUGCGCCUGUGGCACGUCGCCGGCGAGGAAGGUGAACGAAGCGCGCACGAGGGGCGCACGCUGCGCGGGCACGCGGGCGCGGUGACGGCGCUGCGGCUGGGGCGCGGCGUGCUGGCGAGCGGCGCGCUGGACCGCACGGCGCGCCUGUGGAGCGUGCCCGCCGGCGCCUGCCUGCGGGUGCUUCACGCUCACAGCAGAUACCUCACUUGCGUUGCGCUCCCGGCUAACUUGCGGUUCAUUAUUACAGGUUCCAAUGACAAGACGGUGCGGGUUUGGUCGCUGGGCGAUUUCUCACUGGACUCAAGUUUACAGCCUCCUUGCUCCCCACUAUCACACUUCGCGCUCGGUGAUCUUGAGGGUAUUGCACCGCUGGACGAAGUGGAGGACGCACACGAGGUGGCAGGCGAGGGGGCGGCGGAGCCGCGCGCGGGCGGAGCGAGGCGCGUCUGGGCGGAGCGCGUGCACGAUGGACCCGUCAAUUGCAUUGCUGCUACCGACGAGUACCUCGCAACUUGCUCCAGCGACGGCACCGUGAACAUAUACGCGUGCGGCGGCGGCGCUGCGGCGGUGCGGCAGGUGGCGGCGGCGCGGGCGCACGCCUACCCCGCGCUGGCCGCGCACUUCGACGCGAGCGGCCGCCUGCUGCUGAGCGCGGGGCUGGACGGCCGCGCGGUGCUGCUCGACGUUCCAUCUGGUAUAGAGGUAGCGUCAGUGCACGCGAGCGCGGGGCAGGCGGAGGGCGCGGGGGGUGGCGGCGUGAGGGACGCGCGACUCGCGCCCGCGCCGCCGCUGCGCGCGCUGCUCGCCACGGACGACGGCAAUGCUGUCAUAUGGACUCUCGACGGGAAUCUUGGAGAAUCAACCCUCGUGUCGGGCGGGUUGGAGGACAGCGCCACGUGCUGCGCGUGGACGAGCGACGCGCGCGCGGUGGCGCUGGGGGCGGCCACGGGCGAGCUGCGCGUGCUCGCCCCGCGCGCGCCCGCUCUUCUCUGCCAGCAACCCGAUGCGCACGACCUCGGGAUACUGAGCUGUGAUUUUGCUUCUACAUCCAUAUUUCGUACAUCCGAGGAUACCAGCGCAUAUUACACGUUAGCGACGGGCGGCCGAGACGCUCUCGUUAAACUGUGGCGAUUGAAACUCACUGAACAAGAGAAGGGAUUGACCGGUUCGCUAGAGCUGUAUCGUUCGGUGAGCGCGCACGAGGGUGCGGUGCAGUGCGUGCGCUGGGGGGGCGACGGGCGCGCGCUCGCCAGCGGCGGCGCCGACCGCUGGGCACGCGUCUGGACGCUGCAUACCGAUAAAGACCAUGUGGAGUUGAGAGCGCUGGCGACGGUGAGCGCGGGUGGCGCGGGCGGCGCGGCGGCGGUGGCGCUGCCGGCGCGCGGCCUGCUCGCUGUGGGCGCGCUCGACGGCUCGCUCGCUCUCUGGCAGCUGCCGGAACAAGGCAGUUUGCAAGACGCAAAUGAAGAGGACGCGGCGCCUCGCUGCUGGGAGCUCGCCGGCGUCACGCGGUGGUUACAUCAGUACGUCACACGAUGCCCUGGGUCUGGAGUGAGCGCGCGCGAGGAGGCGGCGCUGGAGGGGCGCGCACGCGCGUCCGGCGCCAGCGGCGCGCUCUUGCUCGACACCAGCCUGCGCGGCGCCGCGGCGCUGUUCGCGUUGCGCUGCGGUACUUACUGCUUGCCGGUGGCCUGCCGAUGUGCACAGAAAUAUGAGGACGUGGAUCAGAAUAGUGGAGGCGAUGAAAGCAAUGAGAUCAGUGCGAGCACCCGGCGUCGCCUGCUCGACGAACUGCGCUGGCUUAGAAAAUUACACUACGAUGAUCUGGAUCAGGCGGAGGUCCCGCACGAGCUGCGCUGCCCGCUGACGCACGGCGCGCUGCGCGAGCCGGUGCGCGCGCCCGACGGCUACACGUACGAGCGGGCCUCGCUGCUCGAGCACCGCUUCGCCGCCGACGCGCCUGAUAUAUCUCCAAUGACCCAGCGCCGGCUGCAUAGCACGCAACUGUCGCCCAACUAUCGCCUUCGUGAUCAACUUCGUAAGUUUUACGGAUGGAACUCUACAACAGAUGAUUCGACAGAGUGAAGCGAUAU